AAAUGCAUGCAUGCUGACAGGAAACGCCAACAUCUGUCUGUGUGCGGAGGGGUGUUGCUAUAGAGACACAGGCAGGUAAGGACAUUAAGGAAGUACAGACAAAGCUGGUAGAGGAAGAUUCAGCUAGAAAGAGGUCAUGAGUUGGUUGGGCACCUCUUGCUGUUCAUUUUCAAAGAAAAGACUGCAUGAAUAUUACAGUAGAUCAGUGACAGGAAAAACUUGUUCCCUGCCAAGCAUUUGGCCCAUUUCUCACACUUAGUUUUAAUUUACAGACCGGGGAAUAAUGCCACAAGACUCUCCGGUGAGGAUUAUCUCCUGUUUGGCAACUGAAGUGACGGCCAUCAAGACUGGACAGAGUUGGGCUGAGCAAAAUCUGGUUGAACCAGGAGCCUUUUAGGACUCGUUAGAAGAAAACCACUUAUUCUUGAAACCACAACAGCACUGGUCAAACGCAACUGGGUUUGUGAGUUGUGCAAACCAAGAUGCCCAUCUUAAAACAGCUGGUGUCGGGGUCUCAGACCAAGCGGCGCUCUCGUAUGGACCUCACUACUGAGAUGAUCAGCGCUCCCUUGGGUGACUUCCGGCACACCAUGCAUGUAGGGCGUAGCGGGGAAGCUUUCGGAGACACCUCUUUCCUCAGCACUCGAUCUGGAGAGCCAUCCCAAGAAGGCCACACCUAUCCUCGCUCUCCAAAACCUGGACUGCUAUCUCGUACCUUCCGGAGCAGCAAGCGCUCUCAGUCCGUCACCAGAGUAGACCAGCAAGACAAUACCCUCCUUCCGCCUAGCGAGUCACCCACCUUUGUGAAGAAUGCCAUGUCCCUGCCCUUUCUGAACAAUGAAGAUGGACAGGAGGGAGACAAGAGGGUGCUCAAGAGCUUGACCUCCAGCCCCUCCAAUGGGGCCUCUGCUGAAGCAUUGGACUUGGAGCUCCAUGAGAAGCAUUUCGGGGUGUUGACCGACCUGCGACCUUCCCCAUCUUACAACGGGGGAGGAUUGAAGAAAGCUGAAUCUGUGAUGUCAUUCCAUGUUGAUCUUGGGCCCUCGAUGCUGGGGGACAUCCUGGGGGUCAUGGAGAAGGAAGACGAUGACCAGGGGUUUGAAGAAGGCAAGAGCAGUGAGGGGCGUGCUUCUCCUCUUCACUGCAACCUGGGAGGAGUGGAAAUGGAUGAGGAAAUGAGGGAGGUUGUUGUGAAAGAAGAGGAACCAGAGGGGUUAGUCGCUCACAGCGAGGGUCCCAUGAGGGCUCCCAGCUCUGUUGACUUGGAGAUACAGAGUGAAGGCCCCAGCACCCCAGAACCACACCAAAAACACCCACAUCACCUCGACAGCUGCUCAAUUUCCAGCUCAGGUUCAGCCGCCUUGGAGGAGAAACCAGCCAGUGAGCCUUAUGAGGAAGAUAUUGGAGUUACCGACAACACCUGCAACCCAGACAAUGAACCAGCCUUCUCCUCCUUCAUGGAAGAUGAGGAUGAUGAGAUCCGAGUAUGAAAGCCUACAAUCAGUAAACCAUUCUGGGGAUGGAGACCAGAAUUUGACAUUGUGUGAAGAAGAGAAAUGUGGUGUGUAGAUGUAAGCACGUCAAAGCUGGACAGAUGCCUCAGGUUCCUGUGUCCCUGUAGAGAUAAGUUGGGGAGACUGCUUUAGCUCAGACACCAAAGCCAUCUGUCACACUACUGACCCAUGCUAAGAUGAGCAGCUGGAUGUGUUGAGUCCAAAAGGGACCUGCUACAAGUUCCACUGAUAGCUCUGCUAAAGGAAAGACAUGCAUAGGGGAUACAUACAUCACCAAAACCGUAAACUUCACGUGCACAAGCAGAUGCUGUUUUAAGCCAUUUUCCCAUAGUCCCAUGCAGGGUUCCCACAGUUGUAAGCUGGAAAUAUCAGGGAUUUUAAAAAAAUUUAAAGGUCAUGGAUUUUUUUCCAAGUUAUUCUCAGCGCUAAAAUACUUUGUGAAAAAUUGCAUUUCGUGUUUUGAAUGAAAUUGUUAAAACAAUCCUUACCUGGUAAUCACAAGCAACUGGAAUUGUCAUGUAAAUUCAUUGGUCAAAAGCUGUGGCAACCCUGCCCAUGACUUGGUGCCUAAAGAUAAUGGUUCUUUUGAUUUAGAGCACUAGCGUAUUGAAGUAAAUCAUAUGCUUUGUUCAGUGGCCCUCUCCAUAAAGGUACAAUAUAUUUUCAAAGUUAAUAUCAGCCCUCUGCCAUUGUCAGAAAAGUAACAUUUUGUUGGGAGAGAGCUCUUAUGAGAUGAUCCAAAUGUUUUAUCAUACACAUUCUUGGAGUAGCAUUGUCAAAGCCCUACAAAUACUUUAUCUCUAGUUUACAUAUAAUUCAGUCAUGCAUCCGGUAAAACUGUCAUUUUAAGAGCUACUGUGGUUCAGAAGCUCAGGAAACGUCCUUGUGCAGCUGAUUACACACUGCGCUGGUCUGAGCUCGAAUGCAGAUGAUUUGAAGGUGGUGGAUGUUUGAGAGCCUCUCCAGAGACUGAUCAUAGUCCACUUUUGGGAAGAGUAGCAACAGGUGUCCCUCCAUCAGAUCUCAUUUUUCAGUCUGUACGUGUUUUGCAUAGUAGUUGUUUGCUCAGUAUCUUGCAUAUCUCACCACUUCCUUCCUGCACUUCAUGGCGUGUGAGGGGAACUACUGCUGAUUAUUGCUGGAGUUUUUGAUCAGUUUGAUUGUCGCUGUCAUUGAAACAUUUAAACCAUUGGUUAAACAAUAUGUGUCAUGUCAACUAAAAAUCAGUUGUGUUAAGUCAUGUGUUCUAGUAAAUAUGAACAUGUCGGUUUUAUUAAUUGUGCUAACUCUGACAUUAGCAAGUUAUGGCACUGGUAUUGCUCCUCAGUAAAUUCACUGGGGUGCUUUAAUACAUUGUUGAGCAAAGACACUAAAAUUCAUGAUUCCGUUUGAUCUUUUGACUUUUUCAUUGUGUACAUAUGUCUACAUACAGUAUAGCAGAUGUUGAUGACUAAAAUGAGGCCUUUAUUACUGCAGACCUUCAUGUGUGAAUUAACUGCAGUAGUCUGCAAGCUUACUGUCUCUAAAUUAAAGAUCAGGCACUGUGAAGACAAGUCUUCGACAUCGGUAAGAUGAGAUUUACCGGGAAUUCUCAGCUGCUUCACACUUGGGGUCACGUCAGCCUUAAGCAGAAAAGUGCCAAAUCUAAUCUAGCAUGUACUGCCUAGUAAGCCUGAUUUUUCAAUAUCAUUUAACAUGGUGAAUAAAUUAGGCUUUGCCUUAAUCUACUAUUUCAGAUAUGGGCCAAACAAUCCAUCUUGGGUUGAUUACUGUAGGCAGAAAUGCUUAGCAAGAAUUUACCUAAUUUGCUUCAAGAUGAACCUCAGGGAGAGAGAAAAAGACAUGAGGUUAGCAUUCUGUUUUAUUUGCAUAGCCUUGUGCUAGCAGUCCAUUUUAAAUUUAGCAAGAUAAAAACAUAAGUAAAAAGAGAGAAGUCUGUUUAUAUCUGAAAUUGUGUGGCUGUUUGAGGUGGAUUUAGUGAAGUUUAUCUUCAUGUUUUCCCUCUGUGAUAAUAGUGCUAUUUGUCUCGCCUAUCUUUGCUACAUUUUCUAUGUUCAUCAUGUAUAUAUAUUCAUGCUUGCCAGCCUUUUCAAGGCUAUAACCGCUAUAUUUUUAAAUAAAAGAAAAAGUCC